AGGCCAUGGUCGGAACGACGUCAACACUAUGAGAUCAAAGAUAAGGCAUGCGUUGUAGGUUUGGUCAUUUGAUAGUCUAUGGUGUGGUAAUGGUGUCGGUCUGUCAGCUGCAUAGAAUGAAGAUGUGUGUUGCAUUUUCCUUUUCAGUGGUUUGUUGUGUACGAAUGUCAUAGUAAAAUAGUGUCACACGUUUAUGUCAAUUUAAUAUUAUUAACGUCAACUGUACACGAACUAUCUGUGCUACGCUUUACCAUGGACAAGCGAAAACUGUCGACAUCUGGUGAUUCUCUGUACCAGAUCUUGGAUCUUCCCAAAACUGCCACAGCAGAUGAUGUAAAGAGGACGUAUAGGAGGUUAGCGUUGAAGUACCAUCCAGAUAAGAAUCCCAACAAUCCGGAAGCUGCUGAAAAGUUUAAAGAAGUGAACCGUGCCCACAGCAUUCUCAGCGAUUUAACAAAGCGUAACAUUUACGACAAUUACGGCUCUCUGGGCUUGUACAUUGCUGAGCAGUUUGGAGAAGAAAAUGUCAAUACCUACUUCUUGGUGACAUCUGGCUGGUGCAAGGCCCUGAUCGUGUUCUGCGGAAUCGUGACGGGCUGCUACCUGUGCUGCUGCUGCUGCUGCUGCUGCAACUUCUGCUGCGGCAAGUGCAAGCCGCGCCAGCCGGAGGAGACCGGGGACUACCACACCCUCCAUAAGAACCCCUCGUCGAGUAAAGACGGACCUGUGACACAGCAGCCCAGGCCUGAUGCAAACAAGGAGGACGCGAGCGACGAGGACGAAGUCAGCUCGGCGGUGACAUCGCAGCCCAAGGGCCAGCAGCAGCAGCAGACGGUGUUUGCCAUGCCACCGCCCCCCGGCAACGCGACCGAAAACACUCUGCUGAACCCCGCCGACAAGGUCACCUACACUCCAGGUAACCCGGCCGCAGGCAUGUCGGAGAAAGGCUCUCCCGCCCACGUGGCGCCGGGGCAGGCCGCGCCCCAGUCGCAGCAGACCAAGUGGUAGGGCGCGCUCCCCCACAGGCUGCCGAUUGUUUGCGAAGCCGAGGCCUUGGCGUAAGGAGCUUCACUUGCACCGGGCCUGCAAUCUGUCUGUUGUUGCGGAGACUUGUUGUUGUGUUAGCAGUCUUGUCAAUUCACUUGCAGAACACGGCCUUAAGCCUACAAGAUAAAAAAAAAAUACAAUCGUAAAUUUUAUUACUUUGUGUUCCAAGUUAUUGUUUUUUGUUGCUAAGUAUUGGUUCAAAAUAUUUUGUCAGUAGAUAACAUCACUCUUUGAAUGAGUGGAAUCUUAGUGUUUCCAUCAAACUCUCUCACUAUUUUGCUAGCAUUCUGUAUUUUUAUUUUGCUUCAGUUUUUACCUUCUUGAUUAUACCUUAUCCUAUACCAUUGAGCGCAAGUUAAGUGAAUAUGGGCUGUCUUUUGUGUUUCUUCACAAGUUAUUUUGCUUCUACAAUGCUAGUCAUUAAUGUUCGGUUUGAAUGAAAUGAUGCGUUUAGUGCACUUAAAAUUUGUGAAUUCAUUGAUUGGCUGUGUAAAAAACGUGUUUUAACAUUCCAUGCCAAACAUUUUAUUUACUUUUUGUUUUCAGUACUGUAUCUGAAACAGUAUUGUUAUUCUAUUCAUAAGAUAGCUUAUAUUUGUAUCAAUUAGGCACUUAAUGUCAAUAUUAUAUAAAAAAACUUUUUUUUUUGUAUUACGUGUUUGCAAAGCAUGUUAAUGUGAUAGUCUCAUAACAUUAAAAUAAACCUCAAACUGUUAUGUUUUGUGGAAUGUUAAUUUAAUAACUCUUGUCAAAUUGAAUGAGUGAAUUGUUUGUUCAUUACUUGUUUUUUAUGUUGUUUCUUUUGUAUGAUUGUGAUUGAUGAUAUUGUGUCUAGCAGUUUCGUUCGACACCUAUUAAAAAAGAUUAGAAGUUGAAAGUACAUACAUCAGUUUCGUAUUGUGUUGGUUGCAGUGCUUUCCAAACAAAUGAAUUAAUAAUUAAGUGGUGUCAUCAAAUAAAAAAAAGUCUUUAGAGUUCAAGUAUUCAUUUUUUGAGAAUUGUUUGUAUGAGAGGUAAAUUAUUUGACUGUUAAUAUACUAUAUUUUUGUAAUGCAUAGUAACAUAUAUGAUUUUAUCUUCACUUUUCUCUCUUGGAAAUUUAACUGUUGAUGUUCAUUUUAAGUGAUGGACUAGAUGUAAUUGAAAAAUGUAAUUUUUUUUUUGUUUUCAAGUCUUUUAAAAGUCACCACACUUAAUAUACCUAUGUAUAAAACUUACAUUUGUUUUUUUUUUCUGCCUUAAAUUUUCAUGUAAAUGUUAAUUAUGUUCGUUUUAAAAUAUGCAUUCUUGGUUGAACUGCAUCUGCAGGAUUUAAUGAUUGAUUACAGAUUAGUGAUCAAUAGUAUUAUUUCUUGAUCUUGUCUUAAUAUAAGUUAUUUUCUUAGAAAGGAUAAAUUGCCCUUUUUUUUCCCCCCACUCUUUUUUGUUUGUAACAAAAUCAUUGAAUCACAUUUCCUUGUAGGUAGUUUAGUUGCUUGUAUUUUUUAUAGUUUUUUAGUGCAUAUUUAUGUACAUCUCUUUUUUGUUUGCUCUUUUAAACCAGACAAGUUUCUUUUUCCAAUAACUGCCAGAUGUCAUGUAUAAUACAAACUUUUUGAAAAAUUCAUAGCUGCUGAUAUGAGAAAACUACUUAUAAUAAUAUAUUGGUGAGUACAUUCUAGUUUUGUGAUGCUGAGAGGAGGUAAAAAUUACGUAAGAUGUAGCAUUUGUAAUGUACCACUUUUAAGUUAGUUUCAUGGCACAGUUUAUUUAUUUUAAAUUUAAUUACUAUUCAUGUAUUAAGAGUUAUGACUUCAAAGGGACUAUUUACGAAGUUUGUGAGACUUUCUGUUUUAUUUUUCUCCAGACCUCAUAGUCUUGAGUUUUCAUUCUUGGCCUCUGCUGGCCGACAGCCCAUUCGGGGGUCCUCUCUCACGCACGGUCCAGCCCUUGUGCUGCUGAGGCCGUGUUCAUGUCGUCGGAACAGCAGCUCUGUUACUUUCCUGCGCUCAACAUGUUCCCUCGUCCCUUGUCGCCAGGGACACGACAUGAACGAGGCACCACAAGCUACAGUUGUUUCUCCUCCCCUCUGGUCUAAGGUCUUUGACCCACAAAAGCACCAAAAUUAUCUUUCUCUUCCCAGUUGUGUGCCCUAGUCCUGUCUGCGCUCCCCCGCACGCAACUAGUUCCAACCUAGGGUAAUUACUGUAUCACUCCGCCGGCCAGUAUUUCCUUCCUCUUUUCCGUCUUUGGCCCUGAAAUGUCGAUGCUUCCCACGUUCGUGGCAUCUUGUGCAAUCUAGUGGCAAAUACCUGGAACUUCUUUCUCUUCACCCCCUCUGUUCACUUGUCUCCAAGGCAAAUCUUAAAUAAGCAUCUUUCCAUCCUUCUAGGGCACAAUAUUGUUCACUUAACGUAUCAAAAGAUACCUCGCAAGUUAACUCGUAAGAGGAAAUUAUUUAUUUUGGCAAAGUUUUGGUUCAGUGUAGUCCCCAUAAGUUAUGGAAUAGUUUCUUACACAUUUGUAGUGAAGUAGUGUGUGUGUGUGUUCUUCAUGUUAGAAUUGUUUUUUAAAUUUAUGUUUUCUUCUAUGUGCUUCAUGAAUUACCUUUGGAAUAACUGACAUAGCUAUUGUUCAAAGUAUUCAAUUUAUUUUUCUUCAUUAAGAUCUGGAAUUAGAAGGGGGGGGGGGGGGGGGGAGAGAAAAUUCAAGACAGCAGUUGAAACCGAGCCUAAGUGCAGUAUGGCGUGCUACGAGCAAGGAUCUAUUCCUUAACUGGCAUGCAGUCCCUUCAUGUUGUAUGCAGCCGUGAGACUUUCAGCGGUCACCUAGUUAUCUGGACGUGGUGUAUCAAUAUUGAAACAUUGAUUAGUGAAUGGAACUACUGAUUGUUUAGUUUCAUCAGAAGCAAUCAACUAUUUACAUUGGUUAUUGUAAAAAGCUACCUGAGUGCCAUUUUGGAAGUUUUUGAGAAGGAUGUGAAAAAUUUUUAACUCUCAUUUUCUAAGAAAACUGUUGACUUUGUUAACUCAAAAAUAUAUUUUUUCUUCCCAACUGGAAAGUACCUUUUUAAAAUAACCCAUUCAUUUAUACAUAUUAUCAAACAACAGAUUAAAAACAUAGCAUUUAGAAGGGGGGGUGGGAAGAAAAAAAGACAUUUUUUUGAGAAUCUCAGCACACAGAUUUUAUUUCGGCACUUUGAAUAUUUACACUGCUUACACCAAAUUAAUGUUCAAAAUAUGUAGUUUUAUUUAUAUUCUUUCUUAAGUCCAUGUGUUUUAAUGUAGCAAUCAUAAUUUGUGAAGCUAUUGGUGACCCAUAUUUUGCGGAUACUUAUGGAGUAACAUGACUGCACACACCAUUUGGUACACCCAUAUUUUUUGUUCUCUUCAUUGAAAUGUUUUAUGUUUUUGGAUGGUUUUAAACUUUUAAAUGCUAUUUCCGGCAACGCUGAAAAAAUGAAAAGUCGUCAUUUAAAUAUGACUCUUAAUUUUCACGUGAGAACAAUGUGUGCACAUGUAAUGGUUUUAUUUUUUUAAAGUAUGGGUUUUAAACUUGCUGCGAGAUAGUUCACUCACUCACAUAAGCGAGAUUGGAACAAGCAGUGAAAGGAGUGCAGAAAAGAGGCGCAGACUGGUGAAGUGGUGGCAGUGGAGUAGUGGAAUGCUGAAGGAAGAUGGCAGAAUCUCGUGAUAAACUCAUGGCUAUGGCUCGUCAUGUUGGUUUUUUCCUUUACAGGUCAUUGCUAGUAUUUGGGGGCUUUUCCUGGAAAUUCACCACUUAGCGCUCUUGCAUUUUGUGUUUCGUCAUAAAUUUUCUCAACCGGUAUUUCCUUAUAUUUAACUAAUAGGUUGUAAGGUACGCUUGCAUGACAUUUUACAGCUCGGAAAUAACAUUUAGUAAAUACAUAUCUGGUGAGAGAGUUUGUGACCGAAAACAAAUGCAAGAGACCUAUAGGAAUAAAUUUACGUGAAAAUCCUUAAUAGCUAUAUGCCAUAACAAAAAAAAAAUUAAAUACCAAUUUGGCAUAUGAGACUGAGCUUUUAAAAAAGAAUAUUUCUAUGGGUGCAGGUAAAUCAUUGAAAGUUCAGGGAAUUUAAAAGCAGCGACGAAAACUUGGAAAUGUCACGUGAAACCUUUGAAGAGUCAAGAAAUCUGUUACUGCAGUUGUAAAUAUUCUGAGCUUUAAAAAUCACUGCUUUUAAAAAGAUACCGAGGGAUGGAUUAUGAGAGGUAUUAGUAUUUCAUGUUAUAAUAACCACGCUAUAUUGCAAAGAUAUUACAAACAUUUGGCUUGAGAACUGAAAACUUUACACAUGAGAGUCUGGAAAAGUUACAAAAAUUUGGUUUUGACAUUUUGUGGCAAACUACGGAAGAUGUUUAGCAGGUAAUUCGGGGAUUAUUUGAUUCAGUGAACAGUGUGAACGUUUGUUCAGAGCUACUUGUAGUGGUGUCCACAAUUUAGUUAUUUAAUGCAGUCUUUGUUACAGGGACAAAAAAUAUUUUUUUUAUAGAUAACAUGUGCAAAAUUUGUUGUUUAAUCACCAUUUUAAUACAAGUGCCAAACAUUUAUUUUUAAUUUUUUAGUGGUUUUGAUUCUGUAAGUGGAAAAUUAUAAAAAAAAGCCUUUGAAGUUAUGAGAAAAUUCGCCAGUCAUACUUAAAAUUCUUACACACGUAUUUGCAGUGCUUGAGUCAAAUCAUUUAUGGAUUUUUUUAAUGUGUUUAAGUGUACAGUAUUAAAAUAAACAAUUGCAUACAAUUAAUUUUUUUUCUGGGUUGCCAACAAAAGCUUUUUCUGACUUUAUUUAUUUAAAAUGAACGCAUUCUAUUUUUGAGUGUCAUACAAGGCACAUAAUGGGUUUAUUUCUACAAUAAAAAAUUUUUUUACCUACUUUCUUUUACUGAUGAGACUUUUAUGAUGAAGCUUUCCUCAUCAUCUUAAGUAUUUGGUUAAAUGAUAAUGACGGAGUUGCUAUUUAUGUUCAUACAACAAUCAUAACCAAUUUCGAUAGAAAUGUCUUAAAAAAUAAAUGUUGUAUUACAGACAUUUUAGUGAAACAUUUACAUGGCCUUCAAGAUUAAGAUUUACCUGCAUUCAAUUUUUUUUUUAUUUUUUUUUUUCCCCUCCCUAGAACUGUGUAGUACAGGAAUGAGUUGCAUGUUGAUGUUUGUUGAGAAUGAUAAAUUUGGUUGGGUAGAGAAUGAACACUGUGUAUUAAGUUAGGGACUUGUUUAAAUUAUUUCUUUCAUGUUUUUUUUUAAUGCUAAUAGAAGAAUGUUUACAUUGUUUCAAGAAAAUAUAUUGAUAUUAAAUAACAAAGAAAAUUUAAUGAAUUAAAUUUAAAACCAUAAAAAGGUUAUUUUGUUUUGUUUUAUGGUGACCAGUUGCAUAAGCCUUUCAUUCUGAUAUCACUAGAUAAGUAUUGUUUCUCUGUUUGUUGUAUGAUAAUUAUUAGAGAAUCAUAGGCAUGAUAAACUAUUUGUUAUAAAGUUUCUCUUAACUGUAUUCUAAAAUUGGGAUGAUAUGUAGCAAGCCUUAAUGAAAUGUUAUGAAAUGUUGCUCCUUUUCUACAUGGAUGCUGGAGAUUUUUUUACGUACUAUUUAGGCAUAUCAGGUGCAGGUUUAUUUGUUUGGUUACCCCGUCAAACGUUUUUGUGUAUGCAUUAUUAUUAUUAUUUUUAUUUAGUGUAAGUGUUUAUGACAUUCUUGCCCAAUUUCAUCACUAUUUUUCCUCAUGAUUCUUGUGGACUGUGUACACCCCAUUACUAACAAAAGUAGAGUUCUUUUCAGUCCUAGUAGAAACCUCUGUGAAAUGUUUGGUCGUGGGGAACAUUUUUGGAUUGUUAAUUAUAUUUAAUGGGUUUACUUAAGGAAACUUGGGGAAACCAUUCAAAAAUAAAAUAUUAUAAAAAUAACAAUUACAAAGAAUUGUAAUGUCAUUACAUUUAAUUAUUCCACUGUGUUAGUUUGUGUGAGAAGUUCACUAUAUACUUCAAUUAAAUUUUUUUAUAUAUAUAUAAUAUAAGCAAUAAAAUUAUGCACAUUAAUUCAUUAAAGUUUGGUUGAAUUUUCUGACCAUCAGAAUAUGAACUUAAAGAAUUGAGUGACACACACAUGCACAUACAGGUAAAAAACUGAAGUUUGAAAUAUUUUAUGAAGGAUUUACAAUUAUGUUUUAUUUAUUGCACUUUUUUUUUACCAUACUCCACUAUUUUGCAUGUUCAACUAUAGUUGUUUCGAGUAUGUGAACAUGACAAGUUCAACCUUGUAUGUUGGGGGAAGUUCAUAUGUUAUUUUGUCAUGUACUUUUCACAUAUACUGUUUAGUUAGAGUGGUUGAAGUUUGGAAAUGUUAAUGUGUGUUCUGUAUAUUCAUGUUUAAAGUUUUUUUUUAUCUUUGCAGUAUUUAUGAAUUUUAAAGACAUUUUCUUUUCAAAUGUUGUAGUUCUCGUUCAUAGUCAAGUUGUAAGGGAGUCAUUCAAAGUCAUGAUCAGAAUAUUUUCAGUCUAAAUUUAAGUAGGUACUAAUUACUAUCGAUUGUUCAUUGUAAGGGGCAGCAAGAAUGAACAGUUCUACUGGUUGACUAGUGAGUUGACUUUAUUAGUUCCGAUUGCAUUCAUAUUUUAACAUAAAAUUAGCUUAAUUAAAAUUUUUUAAUUUAUAGGUACCUAGUGCUCUGCAACAUGGGGAUAUUUCGGGAGCAGGAAGAAGUAAACUGCUAGUGGUAUUCAAAUUAAAAUGUUAAAUUCAAAUAUCUGACGCGAAUAAAGAACAGAGGAGGACUGUGAUGUUUGUAUACUUUAUGUAUGGUUUGUAGACGCAGUGUCAUGCAUGCGCUAACACUUUGCUAAUUCCUUCCAUGCUUGCAAAAAAGGCAGAGUGAUACACGCUGCCAAUUUAAAUUGAACAGUGUAUUUUUUUUUUCUUUAAAUUUUUUAGAUAUACCAUGUCUUUAUUCUGUUCUGCUGAAAAACUUGGAGGGUUAUUAUAUUUUGUUGGUGUGCAUUUCAAAAUAAAUAAUUCAGCUCCUGCACUAUGGACACAAUACUUUGUUGCCUGAAAAUUAGUCUAUUGUAAUAAAUUAGUUUAAUAAUAAACUGUACAUAAUUAGUAAUAAUACCAAUAAUAUUAAAUAUUAUCAAGAUGUUGACUGUUUUAGAUGUGAAUGGUUUAAUGCUAGGCAAUUUUGUAAGUUUACCUAAUUAUGUGAUUCCCAUAUAGAUAAAUAGUUUUGGUAUGUUAGGUAAUGUUUUGAAACUAAUAGUUUUUUAUAAAAAUAUAUGUUUAUUGUAAAUGUUAUCACUAGUUUAAUGUUGGGAUUAAAGGUACUAAGUUUAUGUACUGUUUUGCAAGAAAAGCUAACCAGCUUUUGAGAUUCUCAGGCAUUUGAGCUGUCCACUGCUAAAUUUGUAUACAUGUAUUGAUUUCUGCUGAUACAAUUUUCAUCAUUCUGAUUGCAUAUAUGUGUGUUUCUAAGAUGUCAUUGUAUCUAUAAACAUUAAUUUUAUUGAAAUGUGUAUUUGUGUAGUAGAAAGCUGAAAAUGUAUUUAAUUUUCAAGCAAAGGUAAGUUGAAUUCAUUUGACUACUUUUUAGAAAUAAGAAUCUUUUUGAAAACUGUUCUGUUUUGUUGGUUUAAUACAUACAUACAUACAAAUUACCAAAGGAAAAUAUAAUUUUAAACUUUGAAAGUGUUUAUUUUAUGUUGGAAACAGGAACAUAUCUGUUGUUCAGUUUUUAAAAAGUUUAGGUGUGGUACAUUUAAUUUGGGUUGAAAGUUUACAUUUCUGCCACACUCUGUGUAAACCAGCGGUUUCAAACUCUGACUUGCAGAAGUGGUAUCCUUUUUUUUUUUUUUUUUUUUUUUUUUUUUUAAACUUUUCUGGCUUUUGUAUAUUUUUAUAUAUCUUUGUGUUAGUAAUAAAUAAAAUUUUACAUGGUGCCAGUGAGAUACCAUUUACUAUAAAUUUUUGUUUUACAACCUGCAAGAUACAGUAUACAGUUACUAAAAUGCCAUCACUAGUUUUUAUAACUGCCAUAUCAUUGCCUUUUUAAAAGCUGUGUUCAUCUUGCUCUUUAUUUUCUUACUGCGUCUUGGUUUUGAAAGAGACAUAUCUUGACCAUAUCACAGAAGAAAACAAGGUAUGUUUCAAGCAAUAUAGGAGUGUUAUAAAGUUCCAGCACAGCCAAUUGCAUUAUGCUAAUACAUGACACGUGAUUUCGAGUUACGUUCACACAACCAGCAGAGGCAGUUGCGCUACUUGCUCACGGCAAGAAUUAGAAUGUAUGGUAGUAGGAAAGGAAAAUUUGAAGUGAAUUCUUUCAGCAUUUUGAUAGGAUGGAUAAAACCAUUUUUUUUCUCUCUAUUAAAGUAUCUUAAUUUUUUUACAUAACAGAUGUAAAUUGUUACAGGUAUUAUAACUGUACUUAGCUUUACUUGGCUUAUUUUGCAAUUUCUUGUACAUUUUAAUAUAACUAGUAUUGGGUUGAUAGCGAUUCUGAUUCCAUAAAUUCUAUGGUAUUGGAGGAUUUAUAAUCCAUUGGUUUUGGAAUCAAGGCUAGUAUAUUAUUUAAACUGCAUCACAAUCUUAAAAUUUUGAAUGAUGCAAUAGGUCAGUACUUUAAAUAAAGAUUUUUGUCUGACUAAUUGGGCAAAUUCCCCAUGAUAUUGAGCCAAUUCACCAGAGGUUUUUUUGACAAAAGAGUUUUGUUAGGUUAACAUAAUUACAGCCAUAGUUUUUAGUAAAAAUUAUUUUUAAAUUAUUUUAUUUAAGUGUCAUUACUGCACAAUUUCAUAAGUCAGUUGAUUUUUUUAGCAAGUAUUUACCUUAUAUUUUUUUUAAUGAAUAAAUACAAUUGUCACAGUAUAAAAAUAGAAGAAAAUUUAUGCAUGUGAAAUUACAUAUCUGUCUUUAUUAGACAGUUUAUUAAUUGCAAUAGUUAUUUAUAAGUAAACAAUAAAUUUAAUUUAAUUUAAUCAGGAAUAUUUUUAAAUAACUAUUGUUAAGAGUAUAGAGUCAAAACUAUAAUCGGAAUCAGCAUAUUUUUGGAUCUGACCCAACAGUGAAACACUAAUUGUAACCGUUAAUGCAAGCCAUGAAACAUUUAGCACUGAGUUGUGAGUUAGUCAGCUUUUUGAAAUGUAUCAACUGCUCGAUUAUACAUGUAAUUGAGUGUUAGUAUAUUCUUAAAGUAGAGUAUGUAUAUUCUUUAGUAGUUCUGUCGACUUAAUAUUAUUUCAAUUUGUGAGCUUAACUUUUUUCACUCUGUGGUUCAUGUGAUGUCAGCAAUAUGAUAGUAUUAUUCUGUGCAUUACUAAAUACAGCGAUGAGCUGAUUCUGAUUCUGCUUAGGCUAGUCUUAGUCGAUUGGAUUUUGGUUAAAAUUCAUUGUUAUGUGAGUGAUUUUGCUGUGAUUGAUAAUUUGGCAUACAUUAAUAACUUUUUAUAAUAUUUUUUGCAUAAUGAUGUGAAACUAACAGUUUAUUAUAUUUGUAUAAGAGAUGGUUUAAGAGAUUAGUUUUUCUUUUAAUUUACAGGUGCAAAAAUAAUAUGUAAUAUGAAUAUUUUGUUGCAUUUUGGAGAGUUUUUUCCUUUUAAAAUCUGAACGUUAACUUAAGUAAAAAAUCAGGGUUACAGUAUUUUGUUGAAGUGUAGAUAUAUAUUUGGUAUUUUAUUUAAAAUUCUAUGGGAUAAAGAUAAUGUCCACAUGAUCCUGUUUUUAUAUGAUUUAUUACAACUAUGAAGCAGAAAUCACAGAACAUGUUCUUCACUCGUCAUUUCUGUAAUAAUGUUUAUAACGUGUUUAUAAACAUUAUUAUGUGUUUUGAAACACAUUUUCAAAAUUGAAUUAUCAUAGCAGGGGACAUCAAGGCUUGGGACUGUUUAGAAAGAAAUGAUUUUUGCUGUUACUAAUAUUUUUUGAGGGUUAUUAAAAUGAUGGUUAACAUUCUUGUUGAAAGAGUAGGUUGAAGUGAUGAUGGUGAUUUCCUUCCAACAUUAAAUUUGAAAGCCACGUUAGGUGCUCAAUGACAGUAACCGUGCUUUCCUUGUUCUCAGAAAGUAUUAUUGGAUAGCAGUAUAUUGCUCAUUACUCCACAUGACUAUCUACUGGUAAACUUUAAAAAUUCCAUAGUAAGGUUUUUUGAGGUUACCUCUCUGGAACUCCAACAUUCCACUAGAAGUGGAUGUUAAAUAUUGGAAAUGCAGCGUCUGUAAAAACAAUUGGAAUUUAGUCCACAGUUGUAAUUUUUUAUGUUAUUCGAAGGACGUGGCGUGUUCUUGGUUAUUUUUUUGUGGAUAGAAUGUUAGGAAUAUGAUUAUUUGUGCAAGUUACGGUUGUGUGGAUUGAUACGAUUAGCAUGUACUGUCCUUGUUCGAAUUAAGAGUGUCUGUGUCAGCAGCACUGCGUAUGUUGUCUAGUAUGGGUGUCAGUGAAGCGUUACCGUGGCUGUAUUAUGUAAUUUUCAUCUAGUUCAUUUCACGGUUUACAUUUCAAGAUAAUCUUGAACAUGAUUGAGGUGCCAUAUGAGUGUGCUAGUUUGUUUACUGUACAAAGAUUUACGAAUUUCCUACAAAACUCCUAACUUGGCUACGCACUCUGUACAUCAGUUGGUUAAUCAAACUGUUGUUUUUUCUGUAUUGUACUUAAAUGUUACACAUUUAUAAGAGUUUACAAAUUACACCCUAUAAUCUUUUACACAAAGAAGUACUUGUGAGUAUUUGUGUUAGCUAGUAAAGUGGACACCAAUGAAUUGGAGGUCUUAAAACAGGUCUGUCAAUAUUGUAUAAACACGAAAAAAAAUAUUCAUCUGUUGUUAGUAUUUAAGAAUACAAUACAUAUAUCAUAACUUGUAUUAAAAUAAUAACUCACCCUCGAGUGUCUUCUGUAAAAAUAUGUGUAUGCUGUGAAUACGGAUGUAUGUUCAGACAGGAUGCUCGAGAUGAGUGUAUUAGUGUUUAAUGAGAAUUGCUGAAACAUUUAACAAUACUUCUACUAUGUAACGAAUAAAACAAGAAAAUAAAUAAUGUAUACUAAAUGUCUAAAGAAUA